AUGCAGGCCUUGGACCUGUUCCCUCGAGAUGGAAAGGCACAUGUGAAAGCGGGGAUGCCCAUGGUCACGGCAUACAUGUGGCCUCAACUGCCGCGGGAGCUGCGGAAACGGGUGCCAAUUCCUUCGGUUUCGCCAACAGAAUGGCCAGAGGACGUGCCAUUCCACAUAAAUCACGUAGCCAUUGCAGCAUUUGGAGCGAUAGAAAAGGGAGUAUUUGUUUCUGCAAUUGCAGGCAACGACGGACCUUCUUUAUCUAAUCUGAGUCACACGGCGCCCUGGAUAACUACCGUAGGUGCGAGCAGCAUCGACAGAGACUUCCCUGCUUCUCUGGUGUUGGGCAACCAGGAGAUAUACAGAGGCACCUCCGACUUCAAAGGAGGAGAUGGAAAAUUGCAAGGGCCAUUCCCUCUCGUCUAUUUGAUCAAUCCAGAUGACUCUAGCGCACGGGAGAAGGCCAAGGAAGUAGCCAGAGCUGGCGGUGCAGGAAUGGUCGUGGCUAAUGAAGAGCUCCUUGGAGCACAGCAGCUGUUUCCCUACAUUUUACUAUUUCCCGCUAUCACCGUAAUUUUCAAAGCUGGUGAGGGAAUAAAAUCCUACAUCAACAGCACAUCGAGUAAUACUACUGCCACGGCCACCAUGCGUCUCACGGGAUUGACUAUUGUGGUAGACACAGCAGCCGCUCCCAUCGUAGCUGCAUUUUCAUCGAGGGGGCCGAGUGAAGCAUAUCCUUCUGUUCUCAAGCCUGAUAUGCUUGCUCCUGGUGUCAACAUAUUAGCAGCAUACGCUAGAGGUGUGGACUACUUCUUUAAUUCGGGGACCUCCAUGGCCUUUCGUCAUGUCAGCGGCAUCGCAGCGCUCAUAAAAGCCAUCCAUCCCACGUGGAGCCCUGCCGCCAUCAAAUCUGCUCUCAUGACCACUUCCUACAUUGUGGAUAAUAGAAAGCGGGCGAUCAGAGAUUCAGUUAGCAUGGAGGCAGCCGACUCAUUUGGUAUGGGCUCCGGACACGUGGACCCAAGAUCUGCAAUGGAUCCUGGGCUUGUCUACGACAUGGCACCGCAAGAUUAUAUAGAUUUUCUCUGUUCGCUCAAUUACACCAGACGACAAAUUGCUCUUCUCACAAAGAAGACAGUUUCGUGUCCCAACUCUAGUUUGGAAGCCAGAGAUCUCAACUACCCAUCAUUUUCUGUUGUCUUUAAGCCGGGCAACAAAUCGAUUAAGGUGAGCAGAAAACGUGUGACGAUUGUGGGUGCAGAGGGUAAUGUGGUGUAUAGAGUGAGUGUGAAGAGCCCUCCUGGCGUAAACAUCAGCGUGGAGCCCCAGACGUUGAUGUUUAAAAAACUCUACGAUUUGAAAGCAAUCGAAGAAGCCCAUCUGCAUCUGAGGCCAAUAAUGGGCAACAGCGCCUUCUUCAUUCUCCUUCUCUUAGCUAUGUCUGGAAUGUGGUUGGGCAAGGCCACAAAAGAAGAUGUAAGAAAGCCCUAUAUUGUUCAUAUGAUCAAGUCCAUGAAACCCCAUCAUUUCAAUUUACAUCAACACUGGUACUCUUCAAUGCUAAGCCACGUCUCGGGAUCGGAUCCCACUGCAAAUGCAAAUGAGUUGUUAUACACAUAUGAUACUCUCUUGCACGGCUUUGCUGCGAGACUGAGCGAAGCAGAGGCCGAAGCAAUGGAGGGUAUGGAGGGGUGCUUGGCCGUGAUCCCUUCCUCCCUCGAUAAAGUUGCCACUACACACACGCCAGAGUUUUUAGGUCUCUCAUCCUCCUCCUCUUUUUCUCCUGGAUUAUGGUCUCAAUACUCCACUCGUGGCGAAGAUAUUAUUGUGGGUGUGAUUGACUACGGCAUAUUGCCUGACCACGAAAGCUUCAACGAUGCUUACCUUGGACCUGUUCCCUCCAGAUGGAAAGGCACGUGUGAAAGCGGGCGGGCCUUCAAUUCGCCACACUGUAAUAGAAAAAUCAUUGGAGCUCGGUACUUCUACAAAGGCUACCAGAAUAACCAAUCUAAAAUUAACGAAACGUUGGAGUACAUGUCCCCCAGAGACUCCCACGGGCAUGGAACACAUGUGGCCUCAACUGCCGCGGGAGCUGCGGUAAGAGGUGCCAGUCUCCUCGGUUUCGCCAACAGAACGGCCACAGGAAUGGCUCCUCAUGCCAGGCUGGCCAUCUACAAAGCUUGCUGGAGAGACGGUUGCGAUUCGAGCGACGUCGCUGCUGCCAUGGAACAAGCCAUUGCUGAUGGCGUCGAUAUCCUUUCAAUCUCACUACACUCAGCAGAUGUGCCAUUCCACGAGAGUCUCAGAGCCAUAGCCGCGUUCGGCGCGACAGAAAAGGGAGUAUUUGUUUCUGCCGCGGCAGGCAACGAUGGACCAGAUGUUUAUACUCUGAGUCACACGGCGCCAUGGAUUACAACCGUAGGUGCGAGCGGCAUCGACAGAGAUUUCCCUGCUUCUUUAGUAUUGGGCAACCAGGAGAUAUUGAGAGGCACCUUCAUCUUCAAAGGAGAUGGAAAAUUGCAAGGGCCAUUCCCUCUCGUAUAUGUCUCCACCAGCAACAGCUCAAAGCGUUAUCUUGAUGGCAGCCUCGACCCCAACGUGGUAAAAGGUAAGCUAGUGCUGUGUGAUAAGUUGUUAAAUGUAAGUAAUGGAGGUGCCGAUGAAGUAGCUAGAGCAGGAGGUGCAGGAGUUAUUUUGGCCAAUGGUGAGCUCCUCGGAGCAGAGCAGCUGCUUACCAACCCAAAUGGUCUGCCGGUUAUUAGCGUGAGCUUUUCAGAUGGAGAGAAAAUCAAAUCCUACAUCAAUUCAAGGCCGAACAACGUCACGGCCACCAUGCGUCUCCAAGGAUUGACUAUCGUGGGGAAUGCAACACCCGCUCCCACUGUGGCUUUUUUUUCAUCCAGGGUCCCGAGCGAAGCAUAUCCUUCUGUUCUCAAACCUGAUAUCGUUGCUCCCGGUAGGCUCAUAUUGGCACCAGGCGUGGGAGGAGCUUCAAUCUAUGGGUUGCGCUCCGGGACGUCGAUGGCAUGUCCACACAUCAGCGGAAUUGCAGCGCUCAUAUAA